ACAUACGUGUCGUCGUUUUCCAAUUCAAACAUGUCGAGCCAUAUUUGAAAAGCAAGUAACUCCGCUGCUGUAGAGCUAGUUGUUGACUGCUAAUGUGAAAUGUCUCACAGAGGAGUGAGUGUAAAACGAAACUCGGUUGAUUAAAAAGCCUGAAUUUAGCAUUCAUGCUAAUGCUAACAGCCGUUGGAACGCGGAGUGCUCGGGCAAUUGGCUGGUUAACAGCGGCAGCUCGGCGGGCCAAUCAGAGCGCAGCAGCAGAGGAGCUGUCUGCUAUUAGAGGCACAGCUCAGGAGUCCUUCAACAGAGAGCAGAGAGAGGGGGCCAAGCGCUCUCGGCAGCCAUUUUCCUAAAACAGGACUCAAUGGCCUAUAUGGGUUUCCUUUGUUCCAAAAGGGAUCUUACACUUGAUUUCCUCAUCUCUCACGGACUAUGAUAAAACUAUGAUUCCUCCUUUUAAAGGAUUGAGAAGAAGGAAGAGAAUGUGCUGGAUGUAAUACCCUGUGACAUCUUGAGCCUUUUUUCCUCUGCCUGGAAUCCAUCUUUGUCUUAACUAGGUCAUGGCACACCCAUAUAAUAGUAUUUAUAUUUCUUAAGUGAAAAGAAACCAAAUGUUGUGAAUAAACAGCUGUAUGAUUUUGGAGAUGUUACAUUAAGGGGGAAAACACAGUUAAAGUGACAAAGUGUAGUGUCUGUUGGCAUUGCACUUAUGGCCUUGUAUGAGUAGCAAUAAGUAAGUUAAACUCUUUUAUAAUCAUUUUGGUAUUUAAGUAAAUGUAAAAAUGUGAGGCAUGCAGUUACUGUUAUUAAAACGUGUUUACUGUCAAUUUAUUUAUUGAGCUAUCAUCAAUUUUGGCAUCUGUUACAGACAACUUUAUUCAAUAUGUUCACUGCAUGCUGACAUAUAAAUAUACAGCCUAUACAGUCCAGGUUAUAUACAUGUAUAUAUGCCACUGCUCCUCAGCUGAUACAGAGAGCAGGCCAUGGGUAACUAAUGGCCUUUUGCAAAAUAGUUUAUUAUGCUGCCUGUAUUUCUGACUGUUGAUUGAUAACCUAUUCACGUUGAUUAAUGACUUUAAACACUUUCCUCUCACAACAGCAACGCUUAACACCCUGGUGGCUUGUGUUGUACCCUGCCUACAACUGUGGAGACAACUUCAAGCACGGUUAGGUUUGUGCUGUCCAAUUGCCAUUUAAGAACCAAACGCGUCCAAAGUGUAAUCAUCGGCUUGACCUUGCUUCAAGGGCAUAUUUAAAUAUCUUAAGAAGCACGGUCAGGCACCUUUUGUUACAGUUUCUACAACGUGGAAAAAAAAAUUAGACUGCAAAGAGGAAACAGAUGGAGGGAAACUCUUAGGGUGAAAAUAUUUACCUCAGUACUUUGGUGAAAUGCAGUUAACAGGCCUAAACGCAGGGGCAGGAGGAAUGUUUUCAGCUCCAUCUUCGGAUCCUCUAAUAAUGGCAUUAAUAAGGGGUGGGAUAGCGUCUCCUGCAAAGAAAGGAAUCCAUUAGCACGAAAGAUAGAGAGCUCUUUUGAAAACUUUUUUUUUUUGAUCAGUGCUAGGCAUUGCCUCUCAGCCAGCGAAUAUGCAUCUUCAAGCAUCAUCUGUGUGGGCAAUAUGCAAACCAUCUCCUCUCUCUCCUUGAAGACAGGAUUGCAGUCAAGUAUAACCUCGACAUUUCUAACUGAGCUACAUCAAAUAAAACCCACAAGGAAAUGUUGUGUUUGAAAGGUAAUGGAUUUUGAGCUAUUUCACUUCAUUUUUGCCAGUUUAUGUCUACAUGUAUACUUGUUCUAACAGAGGACAGACAACACGAACAUUAAUUAAUUGUGGUUAAAACGUUACCAGCAAAACUAUAUUGACUUUUGUUAAAUUUAACUGCAUAUUUUUUAUCUCUUUGAUUGAUAGUGCAAACUUACAGUUAGGAUUCAAAACAUGUAAUCCAAGCUUUAAACGAGCAAAAGAAUCUUAUUGGGAGAGAAAUCUUGUAAAUUUAUCUGCUUCCCUUUGUCCAAAAGAGACGUUUUGGUGACAGACUGUGUAGGCUACACUUGCUCAAUGGUUUCUCUGCUGUUCUCUUGUCUCAAAAUGGCUUCUUUACAGACAAAGGAGAGCACUGUGCUGUGAAAUGUUGCUGCGCCAUAACUGGGAGAGGCUCGUGCGCUCGGUGAGACAGCCUCGCUCUCGGGGACAUUUUUCUCCGUGAUACAACAAGGAAAUCUCCACACCGAUCGACACUGGGGUGAUUUUUUUUUUGUACUCGAAUGGGUGUAUGUUUAUCAAGAAGUAAAAUACAAGAAGUCGACGGUGCGUGAAAAGGAAGGAAACGUUAUAAUAAAGUGGCGCGUUCAGGCUGUCGGUUGCUGGGCUGACUCGCCCUGGCAACGGCAGUAAUCCGAGAGCUCUGGACGGUUGCCAUGAGAGCUCGAGUGUGUUGUUGCAACCCCCACACUGCCAUAUAAGGUCAUCAGGAAUCCUCUGCAGCAGCCCUGUUGUGUUGUAUAUGGGUGAAAAUAACACGGGGUGCUUCGGGCUUUACGCGUGCACUCUGGCUCGAGACAAAGACCGGCGGAUCACUGGCAUUUCAAGUGCUGCACAUCAGAAAAAAGUAAUAAGAUACGAUUAUAUUUUUUGGUCGGUACAGAAUUUAAAAAUAGAAGUGGCCGUAGUGGUGGUGGGUGUCUAUUUUUUUGUUUGGCCACUUUGGUGCCAUUUUACGCACACUAUUUUUAAUGUGUGAGCGUGCGUAAAGUGUAGUGCUUAUACUAUGAGAACACACAAAGCUGCAGUCGGUAUGUCAGAGGCCUGUUUUUCUUGUUAUCCACUCCUAGCUCGGGCUGCCAAGUGCGCGCGUUCCUCCAUUUGCAGGUCACGAGGCUGCAGACAGCAUUCCUCUCUGUCCUCUCUCCAAACCCUGCUUUCCAGACCCCCACCCCCACUGCAAUGGAGACUAGAUUGUGAAGUAGGUUUUAUGUGUGUAAAACACGGGAACAUUUUUCGUUUAAAUCCGCCAAUGAGGUUAUUUAUAGGCCUUUGUUUAAAAAAAAAAAAAAAAACUCCCCGAUGGGUUGCGCCAUUCAGCUUUGCGCGCCGCUGACAGACUGGAAUAUUCCACACAGAGGAUUGGCCUCUCUUCUGCAGGACAGCUGUCUCUCUGCACGGCGACAAAAAAACUAUUUUUGACAACUGUUCUUUGUUUGUUAAUUGAUGAAAACAGGGGCUGUACACGUGUGGAUAUUUUGUACACCUUCAGGACAAUUUAAUAUCCUUUAUAGGCACCGCCAUUCAUAUGUUAGGCUGCCAGUUUCACCUUGUAAGUCAAACAAGCACUCUGUUUUUUAUUAUUAUAGGUAUGUUUCAUAGCUUGUGUUACACCAUAGUGUAUUGUAAAAGCAUAUGGGGCACAUGAGAAGUGUGUGUGGCUGUUUCCGUGGAGUAAGAAUAACCAGGCUGUGAGGAAACCUGCUGUACAGGCUGCCCUUUCUUUCUGUCUUUCCUUGUAGGCUCAGCUUUUUAUUCUGACGGAUUGUUCACUGAAAUCAGGUAUUCCUUGUGCUUUGUGUUGUACUCUUGCUUACUGAAGGAUUUUUCCCAGGCAGAUUGGUGGUACUGUAUUUCUUUUAUUUAAAACCUUGGCUCUUUGAUAACUGCAUGUAUUAUUAGUGUAAUAUUCCACAGUAUGGUUUGUGAUUUAGUCUCUUACUUGGCUAUAUUAUAACAUGUCUGUGUCUGAGAUCUUUAAAUAAAUAGACUAUACACUAAUUUUUAUGUUUUAUUGUUUUGGAAGUUGUUAUUCUAAUGAAGUUGCAUUGCAGUUUUACUUUCAAACGAUUUUAGGCCCAUGUUUAAAACAGUAUUCUACCCUGUCAUGACAUACAAGAUACAUACUACACUAAAAUACACAAUGAACAUAAUUCAUGCUGCUGGGUGACAUAACUGUAGGAGCAAUUUGCAUUUUUGAAAUAGGUGUAAUUCCAUUUUUUUAAAUUAUUGCAGUGAAUGUGUGUUUUGUGGCAAAAUACUUUAGUGGUUACAUGUUUUCUUAAAAUAGGCAAAGUAAAGGGCAGUGUCAGCUCAUCCUCUUAAAGGGACAGCUUGCGCAAAUUUUCACCACUCCUACCCCACUAACUGCACAUUUUCCCACCCGUGACCACUGAAAUUUAACCUUUAAGUUAGGCUUUGUAGCCUCCGUCAGUGUGAGUUUGGCUGCCUUUAUGAAAGAAGAAAUGUUCCAGACUGAGAGUGAAUCAAGACAAAUCUCAAAUGCAACAUUUGUGUGUGUUAUGUAAGCUCAUUCUGUGUGAUCUGCUCCCUCCUGACACCCACUGUAGCUUAUUUCUGUUGUUAUGAGCAAUCAUCCACUGUCGACAUAUGCUGUAAUCACCACGAGCAUUCUCAAUCAUCCAUUUUAUGUGAUACCAAGUAGUGACUCAAAGGCAACUGGACUGAAUUUGUAAGCCUACAUUGCACAUCCAUUUGAUUUUGAUCACUCCAAGAUGCACCACAUCUGGCUCAACCAUCGUUCUAACACUGACAAGACAUUCCUCAUGCCCUAAAGCAGCCUGUCUGCCUCAUACACACACACACACACACACACACACACACACAUACAGCCUCUCAUUAAAAAAAAAAAAAAAAACAGCACAUACUGUACCUCUGAAUGUUAUCUCCAAACCAACCACUUUUUAUUUUGCUCAUUUAAUUAGUUUGAUCCUGGUUAAAGAUGUCCGUACAUUGCACCCUGGGACAUGAGAGAAUAGUUUGUCCUGACGCCCAAUCUGUGAUGAUGUCACCGCUGUGUUCAGCCAUACAGGAUGAACAGAGGAGUAUGACUGACAUAUGGCUUGGAAAUACCCCUGGGGACUCAUAAUGGGAUGACAUUAUAAGAAAAAUAUAUAUUUUUUUACCAAUUGCGUGAGUAAAUUCAGCGUAUUGACUGUUUGCUGAGGGUUUAUUCAAAGCAGGGAUGUUCAACUUGCUUUGAACGAGGGCCAGUUUUGCGAAAUGACAGGAAGCCAGUAGCAACUUAAUGAUCAACAUUUAUAAUUAAUACAUAAAUAAUAAGCUCAGACCUUUGUUUGUGGGUGUAGGGGAUCCUUUCCUGGUACAUUUUUUGAUAAACAAGCCCUGUUUUGUGCUUUUUAUCCACUUAUUUACACUCAAAGCACCAAAAAAUUCCCAGUGUGAAUCAGUUUAUUUUAACUGUGAUUCAGAAAAUGGUGAGCGAGACACCCGGCACCAGAUCACAGGCCAGAUUUGGCCCACAGGCCACAAGUUGAGUGUCACUGAUAAAAGCUAAGACUUUGAACUAUAUGUAAUCAUUGAUCUGAAUCAAUAAAAAUCAUUGUACCUCAUACAAGAGAGUGUUUUGGUCAGUGACCAUACACAUUAGAUUGACAUUUAAUGAAUUACCAUUAAAGGAAUGUUCCAUAUUGAUUCAAAAAGCCACCCCUGUUAAUAAAAUGAGUGGGCAACCCAAAAUAAAAUACACACACACACACACACACCAUAUUUGAAGAAUCUGAGAGAAUUAAGCAGCUACUUUUCUACCUGUCAUGUUAUAAUGUGUGUUUUACCUAAGAAGAAGAGUAGCUAGCCUUUUACUGGUGUAUUUUCCUGAGAAAGCAGGUUCACACAAGUAAAAAGCUCUAAUGUACGUUCAAGUGCACACACCCAGCCUUUUCACUGUCAUCAGAGCAUAUCCAAGCUACACAUUCAUGACUUUGCAGAUAACAAUCCAGAGAUCUGACAGAAAAAAACAAAAAAAAAACACACGCUGACUUGACUUAAGCAUUAGAGGUGAAUAUUUUCGUUGUUAUCUCACAUGCACUCUGUGGAUGGAGGCAGUGCUUCAGAUGGAGCACCCACCCAGAAUCUGAAAACAUAGGCUUGCAAAAGAGGAAGUGGGAGCAGCUAGACUCAAACUGCUACACAUGUGCAACUCACUGUUCUCACACAGAGGUGCUUUCAGUGUGCAGACUGAUAAUAGGACAGGAGAGGAGUGUAGGGGGUCAAUUGGAAACAGCCUCAAUGUGACAGGAACAGGAAGUGGUGAGCAAAACCUGCUACCCGGUAAAACAUGAGGCUUGUCUGUUCUUCUCUCUUGACGCUGCCUGUGCAUCACCUCAGCCUCUCGAAUGUACAUUCAUCAGGCUUUGAGAUGUUUUUGACUUAAAUGUGGAGGGAGGAUCUUCAGCCCCGUCUCGCCUGACACCUGUUUGACUGUUUGGAGGAGAGAUGACACAAAAAAGUGCUGGGACUGCCAAUGGUACCACUGCCAAGAAGGGAGACGAACUUAAAAUUGUGAUAGUGGGAGAUGGAGGCUGCGGGAAAACAUCACUGCUGAUGGUUUAUGCUAAAGGUGACUUUCCAGAGAAAUAUGCUCCAUCAGUGUUUGAAAAAUAUGUCACCACCAUCUCUCUGGGAGGGAAAGAGAUAAAGCUCAACCUGUAUGACACAGCUGGGCAGGAUGACUAUGAUAGACUGCGGCCGCUUUCAUACCAAGAGGCUGAUCUGAUUUUAGUCUGCUUUGAUGUGACCAACCCCACCAGCUAUGAGAAUGUCUUGAUAAAGUGGCACCCAGAGGUGAAGCACUUCUGUCGGGACACUCCGGUCAUCCUGAUUGGCUGCAAGACUGACCUCAGGAAGGAUAAAGAGUGUUCAAGGAAGCUCAAGGCCAAUAAUCAGGCUCCCAUCACUUACACACAGGGCGAGGAAACCCGGCAGCACAUGAACGCAGAGCUCUACCUCGAGUGUUCGGCGAAGUAUCAAGAGAACGUGGACGAGAUUUUCAGGGAGGCCACCAAAAGAACUUUGGCCUUCAAUCGGAAACAAAAGAACCACAGGAGAAAGAAGAAAUGUGUCCUCUUGUGAGGUCAACAUAACAGAUUCUUGAGGACGCAUGUGCGCUGAGAGUGAUUGGACAUCAAGAAACCAAAGAUGCUCUCUGUCCCUAGGCAGAUGUGGGGACAGCCGUAUGACCACUGGAUCAGAAAGCACUUAUCAGACCCUGUCAGUGAAUUUGCAGGCCUUUACUGUCACAAGGAAAUGACUUAUGACGUAACAGGAAGGACGAUUUUGCAAGAAGGGUCAGGGUGGGGUGCAACUUGAAAUGCCUUCUUUCAUUGUAUUUUACAUUUGUAUGUGACAUACAUUAUUUUUUUUACUGAUAGAAAGCUUUGUGUCAUUUCUAAACUAGUUUAUUGAGAUGUAUAUGUGUAUAUGUGUUGGAGGAACUUUAACAGAUGGUUCUUGUGUUGUCAACUCAGAUUUUUCCAAUUGUUUUCAUAAUGCCGAUUCAAAUGUAUGAAUCUGGCUUCAAAGCUGCUGGUAGGUAACAUAUUCCCCUGACAGGAUAGUUGUUGAAAUAUAUCAUGGUACUGUAGCUUUAACAGUAUUGAGUAACAGGGUUAGUUCAUUUCCAGUAAAACAAAACACUGAACUAGAAUUUGUUUUGGAGCUGUGUCAACUUAAAGCAAGGUGGGCUCUUAUCUUUACCAACAGCGCCCACUAGUGUUUGAAAAACUGCAUGUGUGCAGUGUGACUGCACAAUUCAGGUAUUUCCACACUUGUCACACUGUACAUUGAAGAAAAACUGAAAUAAAUGCGAAUAUUUUCUGUCCAAUUGCACAAGAAACAAAGAAGCGCACAACUAUUUUUAAUGAGGUCUUUAAUUAUUAAUAUAUAUUUUUUUACAACAAUGUACACAGAUUGAGAAACUGUCAUCUGUCUCGUCACUGAUCACACUCAGGCACAGGUCACAGUCUCCACAUGAAACGAUGAAAACAUUGUUUAACAUCGGCUACAUCGUCAAAAAUGAGGAAAUCAAGUUGUUUUGUGCAUUCUGGCAGCUCUCGCGUCAAGUGUAACGUUUUGGUCUGUAACCCGACAUGCUUCAGUUUUUCCCUUAAUAAAAGUGACACAGAAAUAU